UAAAAAACUGUUGGUUUUUCCAGGCGAAGACACCGAAGAGGUGGACAGCUCAGCUUGGUCGACCAAGCCGGUGGAGGAGUGGUGCCAGGAGGACACGAUAAACUGGCUAAUGAUGGCGUCCUCGUGCCUCGGCCAGAACUACAGUUCGAUCCAGCAGGCCCUGGCCCUGCCCGGCAAAGACCUCGUCACCCUCAGUCGGCACGACUUCGUCGCCCGCGACCCCGUCUACGGGGAUAGACUCUACAAUAUGCUGCACAGCCAAGCCAUUGCAGCGACAAAUUCACAGUACUUUGGCCAGCGCGAGGAUCGCCAGGAGCACCACCACCACCACCAUCAUCUUCAUCACUUUGGCAACGACGACUCGAUGACCGAGAACUUUCGUAACGUCUGCCCCGAGGACGAGCCUCAGAAUGUUGGGUCGAACAGCGUUUCAGGUGAAUAUAGGGUUUUGUUUGUGUUCAAC